CCGUAAAGGAGGUACCCGCGCUUGCACCUUGUGUUAAAAAGAUAAUAAAGUAUUAUCUUUUCUGUCUUUUACUUUUUACUUUUUUAAACUGUACGCAGUGGCUGGAUAUACUAUCGGUAACGCGAAUUGUUCGCUACCUAAGAAGAGUGCUUCUGCAGCGACUUCUUGCUAUGUGAAUUUCUAAAAAUGCGAAAGAGAUGCUACCGCGAAGAGAACGCCUCGCUACAAGAAGUGGAGAACAAGCUGAAGGAGCGCAUCGUCCAUUUAGAAGGCAAGAACGCGCUGGUGCCGCAUGCGCAUCAGAAGCGCUUCAUGCGAGGAGGUGACGCGGUUGGUGCAGGAGAAGAACAAGUACAAGGAGCAGUUCAUGGAGCUCCAGGACGAGAUGCGCGCCAUACUCUCACAGAAUCAGCGCGUCGUCGUGCAGCAGCGCCGCGGCCGGUCCAGCUUCUUCAAAUUCUUCAGUGGCCUGUUUGGGAGCACCGGCAGCCGCGAGAACAGCGCCGUCCGCUACAACAACGACCACACCCUCCUGCCCUCGCCGGGCGGCGGCACCAUGUCCCCUCGCAGUAG